CCCCUUCCCUUCCGUCCCCGCCGGACCAUGUCCUCCGCGGCCGUGCUGCGGGUGCGGCGGAAGCGCGGCGGCCCCGAGCCGGCCGAGGCGCUGCUCCUCGCCUGCAAGCGGCGGCGCGAGGAGCCGCCGGAGCGGAGCCUCUUCAAGCUGGUGGCGACCGUGCCCUCCAAGAAUGAACCGGUUCAGAAGUACGUUAAGGAUGCCAUCACACGGGACAGAGCAGCUCAGAGCCUGCGGCCCCCUGUGGGAAGCACUCAGCGGAUCCUGCAGGAGCUCCAGCCCCCUGUGGGAAGCACUCAGCGGAUCCUGCAGGAGCUCCAGCCCCCUGUGGGAAGCACUCAGCGGAUCCUGCAGGAGCUCCGCUCCUCCAGGCAGGUGGAGAGGAAGGAGAGCCGGUACCGUGUGGUAGCCAGCCACCGCCCCGCCUGUGCUGCAACAGCCGUGCCUGCCACAGGGGCUGGGGCUGACACCGAUGGGCACGGGGCAGGCUCUGGAGCACGGGAAGAUGCUUCACAAGAGGAGAGUGGUGCUGCUGAUAAGAGUUCGGACUGCUGUGGGAAAUUCCAGUUGUUUGACAUUGUCCAAGAAGAGGAGAUGGUGGGAGACUGCAGCGUAACUUCUGCCAACCCCCAGAAGAUUGAUCCAGAUGUGAUUCUUUGCAAUGCAGUAGAGAUGAUCCGUGAGCGUUUAAAUGUUUCUGAAGAUGCUAAAAAGCACUGUGACAAGGAAGAUGAGUAUGUUUAUGACAUCUACUAUAAGGAAACAUCAGCCCCUGGUUGGAUCGAAAAUAUCCUUUCUGUACAGCCCUACAGAGAAGAAUAUGAAUGGGUAAAUGAUGAUCCUGUUCCAGAGGAAGUGUAUGAAGAUGAAGAUGAUGAAAAUGAUGAAAAUAACUGGCGGAAUGAUUAUCCUGAAGAAGAUGAAUUCUUACCCGAGGACGAUGGAGAAAAAGAGCCUGAAGAGAGCUCCAGUGAUGAGGAGCAAUAUUACAGGAGAAGAACAUGACAAUACCGACAGGAGGUUCUGCAGGAGUUCGGAUACGACGAGAUGGAAGAUUUGGGUUCUGACUAACAGUUCUUUUUUGAAGAUGAAACGUGUGCUGAAGGUGAAACUCUGCUGUGGUAGGAGAAUGCACCAUGGGAACAGCCAGCUGCAGCUGGCAGAUCUCAAACAGAUGGGUGUCAGUGUG